AUGACAUCAUUGAGUUGUUAUUCUUAUAUUGGGAGACAAAUUGCCCAUGGGCAGAACUUAUCCAUUGGUUCAGGCUGUGAUACUAAAGUUACUGUUGAACAUGAGUUUCUUCAUGCUCUGGGCUUCUACCAUGAACAGUCCAGAUACGACAGAGAUGAUUAUGUGACCAUUGUACGGGAAAACAUCCUUCAAGAUAAAGAGCACAAUUUUAACAAGGUUGGCAGCAAUGUAAGUACCACCCAUGGUACGCCAUACGACUAUUGGUCAGUGAUGCACUACAGCAAAGAGGCUUUCACCAAUGGAAACGGUUCCACCAUCAUCACCAUGGAACCCAAAUUCCAAAAUAGUAACAUCAGCUGGGAGAUGGUGACGCAAGUUUCUGGAGGUCCAAAUUCUGAUCACACCACUCUGCCCAGUGGAAGCAAAGACUACAGUGGAGAAGUAGGCUACUUCAUGCAUGUAAGCACAGCAACAGGCCAGGAAGGAGACACAGCACAACUGGAAACUCAGAGGAUGACUCCCCAAAGAGUCUGUCACAUCCAGUGUCUGCAGUUCUACUAUUACCACAGUGGAAAUGAGUCUGAUACUCUCAACAUCUGGAUCAGAGAGUUUAAAAAUGAACAGGACCUAACAGGAACCCGACUCAUCAUGGGGCAGAUCACUGGUUCUCAAACAUCUCACUGGAGGCUUCAUCAUGUUUCCUUGAAUGCAACUAUGAAUUUCCAGGUGGUGUUUGAAGCUCAGAAAGCAGCAGGACGCUCUACAGGAGGCUUCUCAGUUGAUGACAUCAAUCUGUAUGAGACUGAGUGUCCACAUUUAAGCCUGCAGAUUGAUGACUUUCAGAGAGUGCUGAACACUAGUGCCUCAGAAUCCAGAAUAUACAGUUCAAGGCAGUACUCCAGUGAGGGUUAUGCUUACCGCUUUGCUGUUAUACUUUAUAAGACAUAUUUUGGACUGUUCAUGCAACUCUUGUCUGGUGAUAAUGAUGAUAAAUUGCAGUGGCCUUGCUUAGGACGACAAAUGACUUUUCAAAUGCUGGAUCAGACCCCCAGCAUUCAGCAGCAGAUGACAAAGCAAAAGAGUUUCACCACAAAUGGUGAGGCCACUAGAACAUCAAAAAAUGUAAACUAUACGUAAAUAUUUCAUUUUAUUUUUGAAAUAUUAUCAUUAACAGGAACAUCUUGGUGGAACAAUCCUCGUGAGACUGGAAGUCAACUUUUUGUGGAAUAGAAUAAUCAAAUAGUCUACGGUGGACCCCUAAUCGGUUACAGAUCUUUUGCAUCUUUGGA